CUCUUAUAGCAUAAUAUCUCAUCAGAGCAUAAAAUCUCGAAUUUCACUUAACUAAUAACAAUAAUAAUAGUGUCAUAACGAUGGCUUUAAGGAUUAUACAAAAAAGAAAAAAAGAAAAAAAGAAAAAAAAAAGAAGGGUCGUGGAUCCUGGUCAUAGAUAGGAAUAAGACCCGUUGCCCAGAUGUCUUAUUCUUUGCUUCUUAAAGACAUCCGUGCAUAAUCCACCGCUGCCUCUCUUUCUUUCAAAUCUAUACCUCAAUUUCGUUUCGUAAUAAUCUCUUCUGCCACCCAAUCCUUCUUUACUCACCCCCUUUUCUCUUAUGUUUAAUCCUUCAGAAACCAAGAGAAACCAGAAUUGCUCUUUGAAAGUUCAAACAUCUAACUUCCAUAAAAAGAAAUCGAAAACCCACUCAUUUGUCGAACCAUUGCUGGGGAUAUAUAUAAUAGAAUAGAAUAUAAUAAUGAAGGGUGUACUGUACACCCCAAACCCCAAUGAUUAACUAUCAUUUAUUUUCAGUUGCCAGAAAGAUUUGUUUGUCAUUCAUCAAGUUGGGUUGUUUUCCAAAUAAUUUUGGGAUUUUGGGUUUGAGUAUGCAAGGUUUGGGGAGGACUUUGAAGUGGGUUUCUUGAGAUCUGAAGUUGGUUGGAAGAAGAAGAAGAUACAGAAAUCUGCAACUGUAAUGGAACCUGCAAGAGGGGUUUGGUGGUCUUUAGGUCAUUUUAUACUGUUCUUGCCUUAUUUCAUUGGACUUCUUAUUCUGGGCUUCAUUAAAGGAAUCAUUUUGGCCCCAAUUAUAUGUGUUAUUAUGGCCGUUGGAAACUCCACUAUCGCAAUCGGUCUCUGGCCUGCACAUGUUGUAUGGUCUUACUUUUGCAUAUUGAGUGCUAAACGAUUAGGGCCGGUGAUGAAAGUGGUUGUAUGCAUAUUAUUUACACCAGUUUUGGCUAUUUGGCCUUUUUCGAUCGUUGUGGGUAGCAUUCUUGGUGGUUUAGCGUAUGGUUUUCUUGGGCCAAUAUUUGGAACUUUUAAAGCUGUUGGUGAAGGGAAAACCGAUCAGUUUCGCCAUUGUAUUAUAGAUGGAACUUGGGACACGGUCCAAUGGAGCUUUACGUUUGUUAGGGACUUGGCGGACGUAUGCUUAUAUUCUUUCUUCUCGAUGAUGGAUGAUCUCCGAAAACAAGGCAUGCCGGAGGGUAAAAUCGAGAUUAGGAUCGUUUAUCUUCCUGUGGCCAUUCUCUUGGGGUUAUUAGGAGUUGUGGUUGACUUUCCGAUGAUCUCGGUCAUAGCCGCGGUGAAAAGCCCGUAUAUGUUGUUCAAGGGGUGGCACCGUUUGUUUCAAGACUGUGUGGGUCGAGAAGGUCCAUUCUUGGAGACCAUUUGUGUGCCAUUUGCAGGUCUAGCCAUCUUAUUAUGGCCAUUGGCGGUUGCCGGAGCUGUGUUAGGCUCCAUGGUCUCCGGUAUCUUCCUAGGUCUAUAUGCAGCUGUAAUCGUCUAUCAGGAAUCAUCUUUCUAUCUCGGGCUUUGCUAUGUUGUGGCUGCAGUGUCGAUCUAUGAUGAAUACAGCAAUGACGUUCUUGAUAUGCCCGAGGGAUCUUGCUUUCCAAAGCCUAGAUAUCGACGUAACCCUGGAUUGUCUGCUUCAAGUUCUUUCUCAAGGGGGGGUUCCUUAAAACAUGCACCAUCUCGGUCCGGAUCUCUCAGGGUACCCAUGAUUGAAUUGAAGCCAUUGGAGUUGCUCGAUAGCUUCUUCCAAGAAUGCCGUCGGCAAGGUGAAUUCCUGGUUCUGGAAGGACUUAUAACUGCACAAGAGAUUGCAGAUGUGAUUUCUGUCAAGGAUAGCGUGAGAGUGAUAACCAUCGGCCUACCGGCUUAUUGUCUUUAUCUGGCACUUCUACGCUCUGGGAAAGCCAAUAGUUCCGGUAUAAUACUGUCGGACAAUGCUACGGAGAUAACCAGUGCAAACAGACCGAAAGAUGCCUUCUACGAUUGGUUCUUAAAUCCGCUUUUGGUGAUGAAGGAUCAGAUUAAAGCGCAAAAUCUGACGGAAUCCGAAGAGGACUAUUUGGGCAAGUUAGUUUUGUUGAGUGGUGAUGGCCAGAAGUUGAAAAACUCGAACAUCGGUCCACCACCCGAGUCUGAGCUUAGACGGGCCGAACUUGAUGCACUAGCUCGAAGGCUUCAAGGGAUCACAAAGUCUAUAUCGAGGUACCCGACAUAUAGAAGACGAUUCGAGAACAUCAUGAAAGCGAUAUCUGAAGAACUUGAUAGGAGGAGUAUUGGUAGCAACAGAGGACCUCAAACUGUUCCGAGAUCGAAAAGCACAUUUGGUCGGAUUUUUAGUACACAAAGAUCGUUUAAAAACAAAACGAGUAAUCACGGGGUUAGGCAAGAAGACGAACGAGAUGUCGAAAUUGUAUGAAGAGAUUAAAAAAUCACGAUUCAAGAUUCUUUUUGUGUUUUUUACAUCUGUAAAAUUGGGAUUAUAGUCGUAAAAACUGAAACUUUUUAAUGGUUUUUCUUGCGUAUUUUAGUUUAUUGUGGGUUGUAAUUUUAUAUAUUGUCAUUGUUAAAGUUAAUUAAUGAUAUUGAUCUGGUAACUUUUUAAAGUGGAAUGCAAGUCAA